AAAAAUAAAAAAUAAUAAAAAAAUCCAUUGUGAAAAAAAGAAAAGAAAGUUUUGCGGGAUUUGAACCCGACGUGAAUCGAACACGCAACCUUCUGAUCUGGAGUCAGACGCGCUACCAUUGCGCCACGGAUCCGCUUGCUAUGCUUUGGUUCGGUCUUUCGUGAAGGCUGGGAGAUUUCUCUUUUUGGGGGGUUUUCUGGGAGACCGAUGGUUUACAGUUCGUCACACACUCGGGAAGAUUUCUUUGGGAGUACGAAGCAUGGUGGGUGAUUAACUGAAAUGUGAGGAGUCUGCUGGCUACUGCUUACGGCUCUGCUAGUGACAUCUUUUCAACGUACGAGAAAUCUCUAUCUCCGAAAUCCUAAUGGCAUCAGUUUGGAGUCUACACUUCCAUUCCCUUCCUUUCCAGCCUUCAAUUCGGGGGUGGAAGGACCGGGUUUCUUCAGAUGAAACACCUUUCCUGCUACAUCGUAGCCUAAGCCAACAGCUAAGCUGGAUUCAGCUAACAACUAACAGAAAGUUUUUGCUGAGAGCCAUCAAUGAUUCAGUGAGCUCCGAUGUGGACCAGCGUGCCCAAAAUGAGGUGGUAGAUACGGCGAAACAGACUCUUGGGGUAGAUUCCAAAGACCCACUUUCCACCUUUCAGGAAUCCAUUGCAUCUUUCCCUCCAGUUGUUUUCCUGAUGAAAACAUGCCCUGGAAAUAACUUUGCAAUUGGGUUGUGCAUUGCAAUUGCAAUUCUGGUUGUUGCUGUGAGAGCAUACAUGGCGAGGAAGUCAAGGCAGUGCCGUCCUGGUUCUGUGGCUGAUCUUGUAAGGCGUGGCCAGCUAAGAUCAGAUAGAAGAGGCAUAUCAAGACCUCUCAAGUAUGAAGACCCAUUUAAUAAUCCAUUUGUGAAGGUUGGCAAGAGCAAUUCAACUGUAGAGAUGUGUGGAAAGCUUUAUCGCUUAGCUCCAGUUACACUUACCAAUGAGCAACAAGCUAUCCAUCAGAAAAGGAGGUCAAGAGCAUACCAGUGGAAGAGACCUACAAUGUUCCUUAAAGAGGGGGAUUCAAUUCCUCCUGAUGUUGACCCUGACACAGUCAGAUGGAUUCCUGCAAAUCAUCCUUUUGCAACCACUGCUAAUGACAUUGAUGAAGACCUGGCGCAAAACAAUGUGUACCAAAAACAUGGUGUUCCAUUCCGUAUUCAAGCUGAGCAUGAGGCACUGCAGAGAAAGCUUGAAGCUCUACAAAAUGAAGAAAAAUUGAAUAAUUUAUUUAUUGACAGUAGAAAUGCUAAAGAUUUCCAGAGGCCAUUCAAAUUAAAUGCCAGGCCAGAUGAACUUGCCGAGGAGGGCCCCAUUAACAAUCACACAGUUGACACUAAGCCCCCUAAACCAGAGCGUGCCUCCAAUUCCAUUGAAAGCAACUUGUCUUCUGAGGAAACGCAGAAACCCUGAAAUAUCUGGUGGCCUUUGUGUCAGUUUAUGAAUACUAUUUUCAGCAAUGAAUUCCUGAUUUUGUAGUAUGUGAAAGAUAAUAUCCUUGUGAAUUACCACUGGAAUUGAUUUUGAGGUACAGCCAAGCCUGGGGUGCAAUUGUAAAAGGGGGAGCAAGGUUGUACAAAUAGUUGCAGUGUUUGAUAUGAUUAUUGAAAUGCAGUUUGCUCUAUGUUAAGAUCCUUUAGAGCAAUUAUUUGGGCCUGUAUGUAUCUGAAGAA